UCACUGCGCGACUACAGCCAGAGAAAUUUCCGCUUCCUCCAAACGAUAAACACCACCAACACGCCGAGCACACAGGAGCACCGAGCCGACACCAAGUUGAGGCUUUUGGGGCACAGAUGAGACUGUAGAAGCGGUGGGAUUCGCGGCGCAUUUUAGCCAAAAAACCUACCGCAAUGUGUGCACUUUCACGUGGCUAUUAGCGUUUCAACUUUUGCAGAGGAAGCGCAGGAUCACGCAUUUGUGGAGCAGGCUGGAUACUGACUGACUAUUAUUAAGACAACAGAAAGAAGAAGGAGAGAAGAGACUGGGAAAGCAAAUCUACGCAAGGGAGAAGCGUGGAUAAGCCGGGGUUUCCGUGCUGCUAGCUUCGCCAAUCUUCAGCCUCCAGCAUGUCGGAGCGAGGAGGGCUCCCGCGGACUGGGGGUGUCCCUUCGCCGCACAUGCAGCCCUCCAAGCCGGUCAGCAUCUCCUCCAACCGCCCGGUGCACAUGAACCUGUUCGCUACCUGGGAGGUGGAUCGCUCUUCGCCCAGCUGUGUCCCGAGACUUUUCAACCUGACUCUGAAGAAGCUGAUCAUGCUGAAGGAACUGGACAAGGACCUCACGUCGGUGGUCAUCGCCGUCAAACUACAGGGCUCGAAACGAAUCCUCCGCUCAAAUGAGAUCUUACUGUCAUCAGCCGGACUCACCGAAACAGACCUGCAGCUCACCUUCUCACUACAGUACCCACAUUUCCUGAAAAGAGAUGCCAACAAACUCCAGAUCAUGCUGCAGAGAAGAAAACGAUACAAAAACAGGACCAUCCUCGGAUACAAGACUCUGGCGUUGGGCCUUAUCAACAUGGCAGAGGUGAUGCAGCACCCCAGUGAAGGAGCUCAGAUUUUGGGGCUUCACAGUCAGCUGAAGGACGCGUCUGUCCCUGUGGCAGAGAUCCGAGUUUACUCUUUAUCGAGUCAACCCAUCGACCACGAGGGACCCAAAGCCAAGAUGUCCGAUCGCUCCCCUGACAUUGAUAACUACUCAGAAGAGGAAGAGGAGAGCUACUCAUCAGAGCAGGAGGGCAGUGAUGACCCCAUCCACGGACAGUAUCUUUUUGAUGAAGAUGAAGAUGUGAGGAAGAAGAAAACCACUAGACGCAAAACCUCAAAUGCCGGAAUCACCAGACAACCCAAAAUCAAAGAGAAGUUUGUGGCCCUGCUCAAACGCUUUAAAGUCACAGACGAGGUGGGCUUUGGCUUGGAGCACGUGUCCCGGGAGCAGAUCCAGGAGGUGGAGGAGGAUCUGGACGAGCUUUACGACAGUCUGGAGAUGUACAACCCCAGCGACAGUGGACCUGAGAUGGAGGAGACGGACAGCAUCAUGAGCACACCCAAACCCAAGCUCAGGCCGUUCUUUGAGGGAAUGUCACAGUCCAGUUCUCAGACGGAGAUCGCCAGUUUGAACAGCAAAGGCAGUCUGGGCCGGGACACGUUCAGCCCUCAGGGGGAGCAGCCUCCAAUAGAGAAAAUGAAAACUUCAAGAAGUCGUAACUUAGAGGAGGCUCUGUCAGAGACCGAUACUUUGGACUUGACGGAUCAGGAGAUGUACGCAGAGGUGGGGCCUUGUAUAACUGUGUCUGUGGCCGAAAAACCCUGUAACACGCCAAUGAAGACAAGCAAGAAUGAAAAACAGACCAUGCCCUCACCAAGGUUGGAUGGAGGUCACACACCCAAAACGAAGCGCAGUGGCACCACUCCUCUGAAGGAGAGACAGUUGUCCAAACCUCUGAGUGAACGAGCCAACAGCUCCGACUCCGAGAGGUCCCCAGAACUCGGACACACCACUCCAGUUCUGAGGAAAGCAAUGUACGAUCAACUAAACCAAAUACUCGUGACAGACUCCGCACUCCCCGAGAGUCUCAUUUUGGUCAACUGCACCGACUGGCAAGGACAGUAUGUUACAGAGCAGCUCCAAACACAGAGGCAGCCCGUGGUCAGCACAUGCUCUGCUGCGGAGAUCCAGGCCGUGCUCUCAGCGGUCCUCAUCAGAAUACAGAAAUUCUGUAACUGUAACUCGUCAAUGCCCAGAGCGGUUAAAGUGGCAGUGGUGGGCAGCCAGAAUUACUUGGGGGCCAUUUUGCAGUUCUUCGUGACGCAACUUGCAAACAAGACGUCCGAUUGGCUCAACCACAUGCGCUUCCUGGUCGUGCCGCUGGGGUCCCAUCCCGUUGCAAAGCAUCUGGGAGCCCUCGACAACCGUUACAGCUCCUCAUUUCUGGACGGCUCCUGGAGAGACGUGUUCAGCCGCACAGAGCCACCUCAGACUGACCAGUUGGAUGUAGCGGGGAGAAUAGCUCAGUACAUCAGUGGAGCCACAGUGACUCAUCAGUUGCCCAUCGCAGAGGCUAUGCUCACCUGCAAACACCGGACGCGAGAAGAAGACUCUUACCACAAGUUUAUUCCAUUUAUUGGGGUGGUGAAGGUUGGACUUAUAGAAUCGGGUCCCUCUCCAACAGGAGACACAGAGGAGGGUGUUGCGGUGAGUCUGGCUGUUCCGUCCACGUCACCCCCCUCCCACGGCUCUCCCACUGGGAUGAUCAAAGAGGCAGCCACACCCCCCUCUUCUCCUUCGAUGGGCAGUGUCCUCACGGUACAGGGGAGCCCAAGCAUGUCUCACGGUGUGGACGCCAUCGGCCUGCAGGUGGACUACUGGCUCGCGUCUUUGGCCGAGAAGCGUAAAGAGGGCGAGAGGAGGGACACGGGCUGCAAAAACACACUCAAGAGUGCGUUCCGCUCACUGCAGGUCAGCCGGCUGCCAGGAGGGGGCAGCAGCGAUCCUCAGGCCCAGGUCAGCACUAUGGCCAUGACUGUGGUGACCAAGGAAAAGAACAAGAAGGUUCCCACCAUCUUCCUGGGUAAGAAGCCAAAGGAGAAAGAUGUGGACUCUAAAAGUCAGGUCAUUGAAGGCAUCAGUCGACUCAUCUGCUCUGCCAAACAGCAACAGACUAUCCUCAAAGUGUCUAUCGACGGAGUGGAGUGGAACGACGUCAAGUUCUUCCAGCUGGCUGCGCAGUGGCCGACUCAUGUCAAAUAUUUACCUGUGGGACUUUUCGGCUACAGCAAACCGUCGUAGGGGUAACCACGGAAACCCCAACAUGAACCCUCGUCGACCUUUGCCCCACGCUGCUUCUUUGAUCACCCUAAGAAAGAGCAGUGCAGGGCUGUAACUAUUGUCACUUUAUUGCCCCCCGGUGGAUGUAUGUGGUGUUGUGUGUGAGUGUGUGGAGGCUGCAUGCAAUUGUGAAUGUACAGUAUGUUUAUGAGUGUUUUUCAAGGGGCUCACAGCACAAGUUAAAAAGCAAACUGCCACUUUCCGCUACAAUGGGAUGAAAUUGCAUGCAACUAAUCACCGUUUUAAGCCCUGAUGCCCUUCCGUGAAUUGUUCACAUCCUCAAUGCGAUGUCGCUCAUUCAUUCUUGCAUGGAUUUACAGUAAAAUUCACUCUUGUGCCACAAAAACUUAAAAUGGCGUCCGUAUUUGCAUGUUUGAAGUCCUCUGCUUAAAAAUACAAGCUGGCAUGUCUCGAAUUCAUAAACAAUUGUCAAAAUCUGCUCAGUAACAUUUUAAUUUCAAGGGCUUCCACCGAACUAUAUUGAAUUCUUGUUCUAAAAAGAAUGCGUGGCUGCAACAGGCACAAAAUGAAGUGUGUUUCGGUUCCCCUUAUUACUAGUGCUGUUUUGUGAUUGUCAGUGAUGUCAGGGCAAGAGAGGAAUGCAUUUAUUUUUCUAGUUGUAUACUGAGCAACCAUAACAUUAUGACUUUAAGAUGUGGAAUUAACAUCUGUGCAUCUUUUCAUUUUGACUCUCAUUGUGUCAAAUAUAUUCACAAAAAAAAAAUGUGUAUAAAUAUUUUAAAGCAGGAAAAAAAUGAUGGGUAAUGAUUUGAGUGAAUUUUAUUUGGUACAAAUUAAAGGCGCACUAAGUAAUUUUUUGGACAAUAAGUCGCUCCACAGUAUAAGUCGCACCAGCCCUAAAAUGCAUAAUGGAGAAGAAAAAAACAUAAGUUGCAUUUUUGUGGGGAAAUUUAUUUUAUAAAAUCAGAGACCAGGAACUGACAUUUCAUCUUGAAAGGCAAGUUUUAGUAAUAUCAAUAGAACAGAGAACAACAGGCUGUUAAUGUCACAUAUGAACAGUUAUUCAGAUAACUAGAGCAUAAACAACAGAACAGAACAAGUUUACCAAACUCUCUGUCUCACUCCAAAUCACUAAAUCCAUUGAAUUCUUCAUCCUUGGUGUUACUUCUGAGCAACUCUGUGACCUCCGGAGAUAAACAUUGCGCCGCUUCCUCUUCUGUGUAGCUGUCAUCAGACUCGGCAUCAGUUCCAUUUAGAAUUAUUCCGGCCUUUCUGAAUCCCGACAGGAUGGUUUCAGUUGGCACUGAAGUUCAGGCUUUGUCCAUCCAUCCAAUGACUUCCAGGAAAGUUGCCAUCCCCGCCUUUCACCAGUCCCUCACAAGUUUAUCGCUCACUCCACACUUUCUUUCUGCUGCUCAAGUAAUGUUUUCUGCUGAGUAUUUCACUAUUUGCAGCAGGACAGAGGCUCCUUCUGCAGAAGACAUGGGCAGUAGAGCCAAGUGACAGUGGUACAGGAGUAAUAGGAGCAGCAGAUACUGACACACAAGGACUAGAGCCUCUUGCAGCUUCAGUGUGAAAAUUUUAAUAUAUAAGUCGCACCGGAGUAUAAGUCACAGGAAACACCCAAUCCAUGAAAAAGUGCCACUUACAGUCCAAAAAAUACGGUACCUUUUGUAGAGAGUCUGCCACUUACUUACUUGCUUAUGCUUGUGUCUGUGAAGAUAUCACUUUGCCUGGAAUGUUCCACAGUAUGGCAUUAAACUUGACAAUCCCCAUGUAGACAAGCAGGUGGUGCACACAUGACCAAGUUACAAGGUACAAGUCAGAUCUGCGGAGAGAUGACGUCACACACAGUAAAAAUGGUAAAAGGGUAUUUUUGAGCAAUAAAAGUAGCUAUAAUUGAAUUGACAAGUACAUACUGGGGAACAUUCGAAGCAAGGUAAUAACAAAAAACAAGGAGAAAAGUUACACAGUGCCCCUUUUAAAUUACAGUGUUGUUUGUUGGGGUGAAUUAGACAGGAGUUUUGAAGCAGCUCUUGUGGGGUAUUCCUGGUUGUGCUGUGGUCAUAAUGUUAUGGUUCAUCAUGUCACUAUAAUUUGCUAUGCACUUACAAUACUGUGUAUUUGUGGCUGGUUUCCCCUCUUUUAAAACAGGCCGACCUAUCACAAUUAUGCAAAGUAAUAAUAACAAUGGAACUAAGUAGUGCAUUUUCAAACUGUAGUUAAAAGAUGUAUGUUUUUACGUUCCGAUUCUUAAAUACGCAAUAAAGCACAAAGUCAUUCUCCAGCUGCCAUCAUACCCUAUAUUUUUACCGGCAGCUGCUACUUUACAUUACAUGGUUUUGAUUUCUCUAUUUUUCUGGGAGUCGGAUCCAAACUGCUUAUUCUACUGGCUGUUGUGAGACGUUCAGUGACAAGUGUAUGUGUGUGUGGUGCGUUCAUGUACCGUGGUCAAAAAAUGUAAAGCAAAAUAUAAGAGAAAUUGUCUUUUUUUAAUAUAAUGUGAAAGAGGGCAUGCAGUGGUGCUUGAAAAAUGUGGUCAGUAUCACUCGCUGCAGUAAUAAUGUUGUUUACUGUGCAGCUUGGCAUAAGGCUAAACCUCCAACAAAAUGAAUGGUGCAAAGGUUUUAUAUUUAUUUUUUAAGGCAAAACUUGAAAGACAGUAUGGAAAAACAUUGCUCAAAAUUAGGGAUGUAACAAGAACCGAAAUAUCAUGAUAUCGUAUUGUCAAAGUUCUCACAAUAAUGUCAGGGACCUUCAAAAUAUAUCGAAUUACAAGUCUCUUUGCUUAAAUUAAGAGUCAGUGAGCAGAAAAGACAGAGGGAACUACAUAGACCAUGAUCCUUUGCUCCAUUUCAGUGUAGACUACAUGAAAAAAUAACAGUUUAAAGCAAAAUAUCGCAAUUAAUUGUUGUUUUAUGGUACCGUGAGAUGUAUGUCGUGAAUACAUCGUACCGAGAGAUUUGGAUAUUGUUACAUCCCUAAUUGUGAGCCUCCCCACCAUAUCCUGAGCUUUCCCACGAUAUCACUUUAAAUUUCGUAGCGUGAGGUUCACAACAUGAUGAUAUCGUAUCGUGAGAUUUGGAUAGUGUUACACCCCUACUCAAAAUGUAAAAUAAACUGGUAAUGGUAAAACCAAGCAAAGGCUCUGGUCCUGUUCCACAGUGAUAAAGAAAUAGUACCCAGACCAAGACUCAAACUUCUCUAGUGCCCAAUUUUUAACCAUAAAUGUCCCUUGAAAGUCCCUUGACUCAUUCAGAUCCUGAACCAAAGAAGCAUUUUCUUUAAAAAGGUGUUCAUCUACCAACUUCUGAUUGGAUAAAUAUGAUCAUCCUUGACACUUGCUUUCUUAUGGUUCUCAUCCAACAAAACUUAUUUUAUUUUUUCACAAAUAUUUGCUUUUAAAAUCAUGUACAGGCCUUUAAGUGGUAAAUUGACUAUUGACGCAUUUCUUGUAUCUGCUCAUUUUAUUUGAAUUAUUUAGCUUGCAUAUUUGGUUGAACAGAACUUAAAUCACAGCUGAAUUCACACUUUUAUUUUUGGCCUAUCAUUGACGUUAUGUGUGAUUGUAAUGGUCAUCCAAAAUGAUAAAAUGAAAAUUCAGAAGUUGUACUACCAGGUGACAGCCCUUUUAAAACUAAAUCUAAAACUUUUGCACCGUACUAUAAAAAAUUAAAAUGAACUAAACUGAAUGUAUCUUACCAUCAUGAUUCAAGCCUUGUCCUCUGCACUGUAACGCUCUCCAGUAUUGUAUUAGCAAAACUAGUUUUCUUAAUAGUGUUGUCUUGAAUUCUUGCUAAGAUUAUUUGAGAUAGACUUAAACAGUGUUGUGGUGGCUGCACACAUCUCCUUAUGUUACAUUUUUUAGUUCAAACUGGGAGGAUCAAAAGUAAUUUAUCUGUUUUUAUACCAUUUUUCAUUCCAGAUCUCACCAUAAGAUACCACUGUAGCCCAGAUAACAAAAAAUACACUGCAAUAUAUACUUAAUUUGUAAUUUGGUGAAAAGAAAAUUGAGAAGUCGAAAUGAAAGUGAUUGUUAUAUUGUUGAAAAUAUUGUAAUUUAUUGUUGGGGGGAAAAAAAAAUUUUGACCCUAAAAUGUAAUGUAUCAUAAAUAUUGUUGUUAAACCAAAAUGCAAAACAUGGCAAUCAAAAAUUAGUAAUUAUUAGCACUUUUUACUAUUGCAUCAAAAAGAAAAUUUGAAUUAAAAAAGAAUAAACCUUAACAUUUGUAUUGCCUUGUAAUGUUUGUCAUUUAUAGUGCAUUUAUGGCAGUGAGGUAAACUUACUAGUGUUUUUGACGCCUUACCUUCAGUUGAAACUACUGCCAACAAAAAUAAUGUCCAAAUGACUAAAGAAAAAUGAAUAUUUGAUGUAUUUUGUUUGGCAUUUUAGGUGCUGAAAUAAGUGAGCCUUGUCCUGUCAUUUCAAGAAUGUUCUACCUUAAACUGUUUGAUUUCCAUUGUUUACAUGUCCUCUGGUCUUUGGAUGUGGAUUUGUACUGUACCUGUCUGUAAGCCUGUGAUUUUAAUGUUGCUCUAUCCCUAUGUCCAAACUCAGAUGAUGGAUAGAGAUUAGAAACUGUUUGGUUCAUCAAUACUGUUUUGUCUGUGGUCAGCAGUGUCUUCUCUCUGCAGAAAAGUGCUUGUCUGAUUUUAAAAACAUAAUGAAUAAUUUAAAACUCGAUGAACUUACAGCUUUGUAUAUUCGCCCCGGAAAUGGUUUCACUGAAAGAGUCUUAAGUAUUUUUGCACACGCCAUUGUUUCUUCAGCUUUUUUGCCUUUUGCCUAUAACAGUAAUAAUAAUGAUGACAAUAAUAUUAAACUUAAUGCUUGUACAUAUCAGAUAGUACUUGUUAAAUUGUAUUUUUUGUUGUCUACAUUGGAUAUGUUUUGUAGUUCUGCUUUUUCAUGAUUACGUUUGUCAAUCAAACUGAUGUGGGAUGAAAAGUGGAAGUGUUCAUUGUUUCAUUUCUUUGUUUUUUUAAUAAAAAUGUUAUUGAUUUGUAAUAA